CGUUGCACCUGCCCGCUCGGGCUGGCGCUAGGGUGGAAGAGACACACACGUCACUGCGCGUGAAGUCAGCGCCACAUCACAAUGAGCGUCUUGAUUCAGCUGUAGAUUCUAGUUUAACUAAGACGAAGAAACAGAAAGGACGGCGCUGCUUUGGAGACGCUUUCGGGCCUCGACUGUACUCUUGGUGAUUUCUCUUUCACAGCACACAAGAUGUUACAGUCGCUGACGAGUAACUCGUGUGUGCGUCUCAUCCAGAGCAACAGAUCGAGUUGGUAUUUUUUUUUCCUGGUGCUUGGGUACGUCCUUUACUUGAUUUUCGGAGCCCUGGUUUUCUCCGCUGUCGAGCUGCCAUACGAGGAUCUGCUUCGUGAUGAAUUGCGAAAAGUCAAGAAUCAGUUCUUACAGGAGAAUGAGUGCCUGUCCGAAGAGAGGCUCGAAGAGUUUCUGGUAAAGGCGCUGGAAGCCAGCAACUACGGCGUGUCGGUGCUUAACAAUGCCACUUUCAAUUGGAACUGGGACUUCACGUCGGCGCUGUUUUUCGCCAGCACCGUACUGUCAACCACAGGUUAUGGCCACACUGUACCCCUUUCAGAUGGAGGAAAGGCAUUUUGUAUUAUCUACUCUGUCAUUGGUAUUCCCUUCACACUCCUAUUUCUAACAGCAGUUGUGCAACGAAUCAUGGUCUACAGCAGCCGGCGCCCUGUGAUGUAUAUCCAUACCCGCUGGGGUUUUUCUAAGCAGGUUGUUGCGUUGGUUCAUGCAUUAGGAUUGGGGUUCAUCACUGUAUCCUGCUUCUUCUUCAUCCCUGCUGCUGUGUUCUCAGCCUUGGAGGAAGACUGGAAUUUUCUUGAGUCUUUCUACUUUUGCUUUAUAUCUCUCAGCACUAUUGGUCUGGGUGAUUAUGUCCCUGGAGAAGGGUAUAAUCAAAAGUUCAGAGAGCUUUAUAAAAUUGGAAUCACGUUCUAUCUUCUUCUUGGCCUUAUUGCAAUGUUGGUAGUUCUGGAAACAUUUUGUGAGCUGGAAGAGCUGAAGCAGUUUAGGAAAAUAUUCUACAUUAAGAAGGUAAAAGAAGAGGACCAUCUGAACAUUCUUGAGCAUGAUCAACUUUCCUUCUCCUCAGUGUCAGACCGAACACCUUCAAUGAAGGAAGAUAAAUUAAAUGAACCAUUUGUAGAAGUUCCUCCUUUAUCUUAUAAUGCCACAGAUGGCUCCAUAAAUAGAUAGUAUCCAUCCAUAUGAAGUUAUCUGCACUCCACAGGCUGUUGAGUAUUAUUUCUUAUGUGAAAUGUUAUUUUCUAAAUACUUAACAGAAAUAAGGGAAUCUGAAAAUGUAAGUGUAUUUAUUUUAUUCAUAAAUACUUGUACUUGAUGUAUUUAACUAGUGAAGUAUUGUAUAUUUUUGAAUUUUCUGCUUUAGAUUGAAGAAAGUUAGAUUUCAUAAAGGAAACAUUCUAUUUAGUUAAAGUGUGACAGUAUGCCUAUCUGUAACAUUGUUGUUAUAAAAGUAUUGUCAUAGUUAUUGAUAGUACAUGUAGAUAUUCAAUAUCCCAUAGCCUUUGCAAGAGUUUUCGGUGAUUGGAAGAAUGUGUUAACAGUUGCAUAAUCUUCUGGUUAACAUGGUGGGAAGGAUAUAGUAAAAAGGAUUAAAUUGUUUAAAGUUUAACAGUGUUGGAUAUAAGUUUUCAAUUUGCACUACACAUUCUGAUACAUUAGUGAUUUCAUGAAUGCAUCCUUUCAUAAUUUGAAAUUUAAAAUCCUGAUUCAGAUAGUGAAUGACUAUGAUGGAAAUUGCAAACUAAUGGUGUAUGGUGUGUUGCCUACAGUGAUUAAAUAGCCCCAUUAAGAUAUAUACAAUAUAUAUAAUAUCAUUUCACUUAAUGUUUAAAAUGGUUAUAUGGUGCUUAACUGCACCAUUUCUAUAGUGCCUUCUGCAGAGAAGAAAGUCUACUGGACUUCAAAAAAUGUAAAAUGCCUUUUUGUCUAUAAACUUCAGAUUACAGAAAAACUGGAACCAACUUUCCAUAUAAAUAAUGAAAAUAAGCUUUAAAGGUAUAAUGUCCCUUAUUAAAAUGAUUAUCACUACAGCAACUACAAGAGAGUUGUUCAUUUGUGUAAUGCCCUGUUUAACAAAUAAGCACAUCUUCUGCUUUAUAUUGUUCACACUGUCUUGAGAUAGGCACCAAGUUCAAACUUAUUAUCAUAUGUACUGUAUAUAUAAAAUGAAAGUCUCACUUGUAUGUGUACCAUGAUCAAUCACACUUAGUCUUAAAUUGUGCCUGUAACUGAUGUGCACAUUUUCGUGGAAUUAAACUAAUACCUUACUCUCUGCAUAAUGCACGGGAAGAACAUUUCUGUGAAUUGUUUGCUCCUGUAGUUUGUUGAUGAUACUGCACCUGUCAGCUACUGCCAAUGGAAAGGGAAAAGGAAAAAUCCUUAAAAUUAAUUGUAGACAAGUGCUUUUUAUUAGGUAGAGUUAUCAGUACAACUAAACAGCAAGUUAAUACAACUGCUAGUCAGAUGUAAGGGAAAUGAGAGUCUGACGUUAAAUGGAAAUUUGUUUAAAUGUCUCUUAAAGGGAAAUGACUGAACUUGGCUUGGCUUAUUUUUUCCAAUGGAUGUAAAAUGAGUUUUAACAUCACAAGAAAAAAAGAAAUCCAAGACUUUUUACCAUUAUGUUGCAUGUAUACUUUUUAAGAUGUUGUUAAUCAAAUCCUAGCCAAAUACCUAAACUGUAUCAUUUUUGCUGGCUGCUGAAAACCAUUUCUUUUACUGUUCAUAUAAGCAAUAUGCAAAAAAAAAAGCCAAAGCUGGAAUGUUAUCAGCUAAACAGUUUUGUUUUAACAUAGUGCCUUUCGUAUCAAACAGCAUAAUAUCUGUGUACACAUAAAAUCUUUAGAGCCCAGGUGACCAGUUAACAAGUCACACAGCUUGGCUAAACUUGAUGAUUGAUUAAAAUGAUGUGUUUCUACUUUGUUUACCAGACCUGGUUGCUUAUCCAUAGAGUGGUAUGUCAUAGAUCCAAUUUACAGCAUUUGUCAACAUACCGUGACCUUGAUUGCAUAUCAGAAAACCAUUAAUUUGAUUUGCAGGAAACCUUAAUCGCCAUCCUAGAUAAAACAAACAGUUAUCUUAUUUAGUGUACAUGUACUGGUGCCUUGUGUAGAGUUGUUUAAUGCCUUCUAUUUACAGCUACUUUGUAAGGCUUUGACACCUCAUUGCCUUCAGUGGGAUUAUAGAGAAAAGAUGGAUUAAUGAAUAAAAAAAUAGAGCAAUGUUUUGAAGAUUAAAAGUAACAAGAUAAUAAAACAAUGCUUUUUAGUAACUUUUCUGUUUUGUGGCACUGUACAAAAACAAAAUGUAUAUGCACAACUAAGGUAAAGCUUGGUAUUAUUUUGAAUCAACAGUAGGAGCAACAUAAGUCCUCACUGGCAUCAACUAUUUUUAAGGAAACACUCCCAGAAAAAGGGCCAUUUUGGAAAGUUAAGGAUAUUUUGCUUUGCUACUUGACACAAUAACUCAUUAACUGUUGGUUCAUUUUCUUCUAGUGCAUCAUAACUUUUAAAAUGCUUUAAUAUGCAGUUUUUCUUUAAACAAGGCAUACUAGUUUUCUCAAGUCCCUCAUUUAUGUAUAUUUAUAUUAUUUUUAAUAUUCUGUCCAUUCUGUUUUUGAUUUAGUUUUGAUUUAGCCAUGUUACCUGUGGAUUACUCUGUAACAUAAAAUGAGGUAUAGUGUUGUAUUCCUGGCAUAAGAAAGGAACACACACAAGCAUAAGAGCUGUUGCAGACAUUCUUUUUUUCACACAGUCUUGUUUACAUUAAAAAAAGUGUGCAUUGAAUUGUUUUCAUGAAUCGGCCUGUAUACUGGAAUCUUAAUCCUUCAUUGGUGUUGCAUUUGUUGAUUAAUGCUGUGAUUUUGAUUUUCCUGUUUAAUUAUUGUGAAAAAGUUAAUAAUACAUUCUGUAUUAUGUUAUUGACAGAAUAUCACCCAGCCAUUGUAUGUAUGCUGGAAAUAAUGGACGGAUGCGAAAACCAGUGAUUCGGGUGUAAGAAGUACAUUUUAGGUGCAUUCACAUAUAGUGCAAAAAAACAUCUACUGUAGCUGCCAUGUCUGUUCAUCUGUAUGUCUGUUAAUGUGAAUCAACUCAGCUCCCAGAGUACCAAUUUUGUUUAAAUUUGGCUCAGUUAUUCUUCAGUUUUUGCUGAAAUAUCUUAAUGUGCUGUACAAAGUUUCUUGAGUUUUAGAGCAUCCCAUUGCAAAGCAUUGGUAAAUUUUCAAACUUGGCUAUCUUUAAACAGAGAAAUAUUCUGUACAGCUUCCAUUAUGGCUUAGUUCACAGUUUCAGAUUUACUUUUAGAGGGGUUACACGCUUUUAUAUUCUUUAUAUUUUCCUCUUUUACUUUAUAUUUUUCCUCUUUGACGGAAAAGCGGCUACAGUCAUGCGUGCUGCAUCAACUCAUGCUUGAUAUGCUGUCUGUAGAAGUGGUUCUUGUAGCUGCGCAGUGGCAUGUGUGAUCUCUUUCACAGCAGCUCACUUCUCUGCUUGAAAUCAUGGUAGGUAAGUGACCUGAUUUUAGAAAUGUACAAGUAAAAAAAAUGCAAGUAAUUUAUGUAGAGCUCAAUAAUAGAACAGGCUCCUUAUCCCUGGCAUGGUGAGUCGUGCAGCAAAUAAAUGUAUACUCAGGAUUUCCAUUACACUAAAAACAACCUCAAGGUUGAAUUGCCUGUAGAUCAUAGUGAUUCAGUAUUUCUCUGGCACUAUCAUUUAUUGGUGAAGUGCCACAUUGAUCUGAUGACCAUGAAAAGAUGAGCCACCAAUUUAAAGCCAGAGGCACAUUACAUUACUUCUAGUUGGAGGGGAUGUCAAACUUAACUGGAUUUCAUCACCUUACGGAUUUCAGAUUGCAUAACUACAAUUCACAGGGGGAUGACCAAUUAUGACUCCAUGCAGACUUUUGAAUUCAAGACAGUUUCACAAAGCUUCCUUAGUUUCCUGCAUUCUGAAAGCCAAUAAUGUGCUAGCUGAUGGUUCUUUCAGGUUAUGGCAAAUUCAGCAGCAAUCUUGCCGCUUUUAUUUUGUUUUUUCAGCUCAGUUGUGGUAUGACUAACAAGAAAGCCUCUUUUCUCUUUGAGAAGUCCAAAAAAAUUAUCAUUUCCUUGACACUGUACAUUGUACUUCUGGGUGAGUGCUCAUUGGUCAUUGGCUUUUGUAGGCACACAAGCCCACCACUAUAACUUAUUUUGUUGGGAGCAUGAAUGCCCCCCAACUCACUACGGUUUUGUAAAUGAAAUCUGCUUCUCACUAAAAAUAAUUGUGUAGAGUGACAGGAGUAUUAGCUUGAGACUACAGCAAAAAUGUUAAGUCUCCACAUGUAUUUGAAAAAUUGCAUUUUUAGGAAAUGUGGGCCACAGAUAGCCAUAGACUGUCCACAAAUUGACAGCUAACAACAAGGCAGAAUGAAAUACCAUUUUUUUCAUCAUUUGAGUAGUAAUCUGCUGUCUUAAAGCUAUUUCAGGUACCACAAAGCUUUUUGACUCUGUUUUUAACAGCAUAACAUUGCAAAAUUAUUUUUACGCACUCUAAUACAUGUAAUUGCAUUCUGUUAUCAAUAAUGAGAGGCGUUCAGUUAUAAACAGGAAUUUUCAUGCUCUAUUCUUAUAAGAAGAGCAAGGUAGACCUGACUCAUGUUUGAACUUGUUAGUAGUGCUAGCUUCUUUCUCCCCACUUCCUGUCCGUUGUAAUCACCAUAUCGGAGCAGGAGGUACACAGUAGUGUUGCGCAGUGAAUUAUUAUUACAUUUUUAACAAAUGAUGGACUCAUUCCAGCUCAGAUUUAUUUGAGACUUAAAAAUCAGUUUAGAGAUGAAUGCCUCUCUCAGUCUUGAGUGUAUGAUUGGUGCAAGUCAUUCAGAGAGGGGCUAUCAUCUUUUCAUUCUACUUAAGUAAUUUUCAGGAGGGAAAAAAUUCACAUUGAAUGAGGAUGUUGAUGCUGUGCAAGAGUGGGUCAACAUGCAGUCAAAAGACGUUUACUGUUCUUGGAUUAAGAAGCUUCCUGAGCGCUGGAACAAGUGUAUUGCUGUGGCAGGAGACUACAUAGAAAAAUAGUGUGCAAGUCAUUUAAUCGAAUUCAAUGAAGUGUAGCUCUAAAUUUCUGUUUAUAUUUGAACGCCCCUUGUAUGAAAUGACUUGUUUUCGAGGAAACUCUGGCCCGUUGUUCAAGCAAAACGUAAUCAUUAAUUGUGCCUGAAGAAUGAGCCAGAGUUCCUUGAAAACUUGCAUAUUGUAAACUUUUCAGUUAGCCAAUAAAAGGUGUCAUUUUACUUGACUUCUUACUACAUCCAUAAUGGCUAACACGGUAAAGCACCCUAGUACUAAAAAUAAUUUUGCAAAAUUGUGAUGAAGACUAGAAAAUGUGAAAAUCCUUUCACUUUCAUAACAGUUACCAAGUCUCUGAAUGCACUUGAAUGUGUUAUGUGUAAAUUUUCUUACUGGUUUUUAAACCUUUUAGUUAAACUCAGUUACAUUCCUGUGUUAUAUUUACUUGUAUUUUAUCUAUGUUGUUUGGCUGUCCUUUUAUAACUGAUAUGAGCACAUAUUUAGAAGAUUAAGUCCAAUGUACUGUAUGCCAAUUUGCUAUUCAAACAUUUAGCUAAAUGAUUCUUAUUUAGGAGGACACACAGUAGAUGUUUGCCUUCUUUUAUAUUUUAGGAUGAAAGGGAGUUAACCAUUUUUUGGGAAGGUUAAAAGCACAAAUUGAAUAAUUAUUUAAAAUUCAUGGUAUCUGUUGAAAAUAGCUCUACUGAGGAAAUAAGUGUUUACAGAUAAGUUUUAUAUUAAUGUCUGUUUACAUUGGUACUAAAUUAUGUGAAGGGAAGAAAUUAUGUUUUCCAUAAUUAAAUGUGUCUGAAUCUGAAAAAUGUGUGUUGGAAAUGAUAAAAUUGCAAUGUAUUGUUUUAGAUGGAAGAAAAAUAAUGUUAAUCUCUGCAGCUAGCAUGUCUAAAUUCUGUUGCUCCUGCGUGUAACAUACUGUAUCUAUGUAAAUAAAUAGAAUUUGCACAGUAGUUUGUACAAAUGGGUGGUACCCCAGGGUCUUUAGUCCAUGUUGUCAUAGAAAUCUGUAUUUAUAAAGAACAGAAAAAUCAGUAAAUAACUUGCUGGUAGGUAUAUUGUACAGUUAAGCCAUGUACUGUAUAUUUCACAGUGAUGAUCAAAUAAAAAUUGAGCUGUGUCUGGUUACAGUUCGGUUUA